GUGCUCAAGCCUUCGCACGUCUCCUGGACUUUAGAAUUUAAAUCGUUAUAAGAACAUUGUGGGCGCCCACGCUUGAAGCAUGCCUAAGAGGAAAUAUAAAACUGAAGACGAAAUUCGUCGCAAGAUUCUAAAGUUACAAGAAAAGCUGGCAAGAAGGACUAACGAACAGGAACAUUACUGUGCAUCCGAAGAAAAUUUUAACGAUGUGCCGUAUUCGGAAACACCUUACACUGAGUUGUUACCGUAUUAUUGCCAACCUGAAUGGGACACAUCCGAGGCACAAUCGCCACAGCCGACAGCGCCCUGUCUGUCGACGGCGCACUCAGCUACGUCACGACAGCCGUCACCGCAUUCCGCCGAGGUGGACAACCAGCCGCAGCCCGUCUUACAGUUGUCGCCGCAACCUGUCUCACAGUUACCACCGCAACCUGCCUUGCCGUUGCCACAAAAUCCAGGUACAUCAGGUGAAAAUCAACCAGAUGAUUUGCAACUUGAUGACGAUAUUCUUCAGUUACUAGGCGAUGCCCCAAGGGAAGAAACCCCUAUGGGACCGCCUAUUCAUAAAGAUAUCGCCAGUCGAUGGCAAAAUAUUCUUGCCAAAGGCCUCACAAAGGAACUAAAGGAAAGUCUAACUAAAGAAUAUCUGAUUCCUAAUAAUUGUGACCUUUUGUUGGCCCCGACUCUCAACCCGGAAGUUAGGGUGGCUUUACAUGACCCCCUGGUAAAAAGAGACACGUCACUACUGUACAAGCAAAAACAACUGGGUAUCGCCUUGUCCGCUUUAGCUGCAGUAACUGAGAUGGUCCUUGCAAACGAGACUUCUAAACAAAAACUAUUGAAACCUCUCAGUGAUGCUUGCCGCAUUCUCUGCGACAGCCAUUUUACAGAGACUAGAACCCGCAGGGGUUUCAUUAUAUCGUCUAACGCAAAAUUAAAACAGACUCUGAUCGACUCCAAUAGGGAUAAGCUGUUGUUUGGAGAAAAUGUUUCGGAAAAAUUGAAGGCAGCAAAAACUAUUCAGCAGUCUGGCGAAGCAUUAAAGAAUAAUCCCCCUAAACCCAGAUAUAAUCGUCCGAAUAUUCAGUCAACAAUUGCAAAUAGGGGUAAUUUAAACUUCGUGCCCCAACACCGCAAGACGGACACGAAGACCAACAACCGUCGAGCCCCUGCUUACUCGCAGAGGCAGAUGUCGCACAACAACAGUACGCGACGCCACAACGAUCGCGAUCGCGACCGCGCACCGACGACAUCGAGGACAGCGGGAGGACAUCACCGGAAGUAGUUGAUCAGAACUCAACACAACUUACACCGCAGCCUGAAGUUAGUUGCCGCGAAGCUUUCAGGCAAACUCUUUUGAAAAAAUCCUUGUCGAAUAGUACGGUGGAAAUCAUGUUAUCGUCGUUGUCCGACUCUACAUAUAAACAAUACGACAGUUGUAUCAAAACAUGGAUAUCAUAUUGUAAUACUCAUAAUUAUCAAUAUGAUUCCGUUUCGGUCCCGAUUGUCUUAAAUUUUCUCACAGAUAUAUUUAAUAAGGGUGCUAAAUAUGGUACCAUAAACUCUUAUAAAUCAGCACUAUCCCUUUUACUGGGUAAUUUAGAUGAUGAUAGGGUAAAACGUUUUAUGAAAGGGAUUUUCAAAUUACGCCCUACAAAUCCAAAAUACAAUUUAACUUGGAAUCCAAGCAUUGUGUUAGACUACUUAGCACAGAAAUUUCCUAAUUUAGAUCUUGAUUUAGAAACUCAUUCAAAAAAGACUGCAACAUUAUUGGCUUUAGUAACUGCACACCGAAUACAAACACUUGCUUUAAUUAAAUUAAACAAUAUUAAAAUAUAUUUUUCCCAAGAAAUUAUGAUUACGAUACCUGAUCUAAUAAAAACUUCGAAACCCAAUUUAGCACAGCCAGUUCUGAGGUUACCUUAUUUUGACGACCGACCUGAAAUAUGCCCAGCUAGAUGCUUAGAAUCCUACAUAAAUAAAACCAAAAUGUUUCGAAAGGAUGAUUAUUUAUUUUUAAGUUACAAAAAACCUCAUUUGAAGGUUACCUCUCAAACCAUAGGUAAAUGGAUUAAAGAUGUGCUCUCUAAAAGUGGAUGGAUACAACCAUUUUUAGUGCGCAUAGUACUCGACACGCAGCGACGUCUGCAGC